AUCGCGGCGCGGUGUCGACUGAUUUUAAUUUCGUUUUCUUUUAGUUUGCAUUUACGUUCCGUUUAUUUCUGUGGCCCAGUAUCUAGUCGUGACGUUUACCUUCCUCGAGUCAAGUGGGGAAAAGGAAUCAUCCCCCUGACUGGGGCAAACCAGCAUCCAAGUUGGAGGAGCAUCUCCCGCCGGUCCGUUGAUGAGUAAACAAAUUCCGCUGAAAAGUUUAUCAACAAUUUGGUGUCAAAGCGUCAAUCACACUAUCAGGGGGAAUGUUAUUGACGGGUAGCUAUAUCUUCUUGUGGAGAUAAGGCAUCUCUGAAGCACUUGCUAUUAAUGGCAACGGUUUUAUCAGGGCCUCUCGAAAGAUCGUUGAAUGAUAAUUGCGACAGUUGGGAUGAUACCUGGCCCAAUCGGAUUACGCUGGCCGUUAAUUAUAGACAUAUCAGUUCGUCGCGGAGGCAGUAAUAGUGGUUGGUCAAAGCGCGGGCAUAGUCCGAACUUCAGUGAUAAUUCGGGACGGCGAGGUAGUGUUAUCGGCGCAGGUCAACCACCAGUUAAUCCCCUUAAUCCUUUGAAAAGAAAAUGCUUCGCUACUUGUUGAUCCUGUCCGCUGCCUGUGGGCUGUGUUUCGGCGCCAAUAUUCUGGCAGUGUUUCCCGGCGUUUGGAAGUCGCACUAUCUCUUCGGUCGACGCCUUAUCUCCAAUCUCGCACAACGUGGCCACAAUGUAACCAUCUUGAGUGCGUACUAUUCGCUGCCACAAGAGAAUGUCACGGAAAUCACCAUCCCGAAUGUGGAGAAGAAUUUCCUGGACAUGGGAUUAACUUUCAAUCUGGACGAGAUUCGGGACAAGUCGAUUCUGGAGCAGUUUUCCAAGUCGAUUUAUGCGGCAACGUCAAAUGUAGACGUGGUGAUGGGCAGCGAGCAGGUGCAAAGUAUGCUCAAGUCCAAGGAGACCAAGUUCGACUUGCUGCUCAUCGACAGCUUCAUGUCAGAUGCGUUGCUGGGGUUCUCCGUGUACUACAACGUCCCAACAGUAGUAGUUAGCCCAAUUGGUCCGAACAAAUGGAUCAACGAAAUGGUUGGGAACAUCCACAAUUCCGCGAUGCAUCCAAACAGUUUUCUGCCGUUACUGGAUAACAUGAAUCUGGGGAAACGUAUCACUAAUACGUUGAUGUCGAUAUUCGAGAAGCUAACUUACAACUGCCUAUACCUGCCUUACCAUGAGUAUGCCUAUCAGAGGUAUUUCGGCCAACUAAUUGGGGACCAACAAACUCUACCUUCGCUUUGGGACGUCGUCCAUAAUGUCAGUAUGGUCUUGGUCAACUCGAAUCCUGUAUCACAAUAUCCUCGUGCUUUUGUUCCUAACAUGGUCGAGAUUGGAGGAGCCCAUAUUUUCAAUAACAUGACGAAGAUGUCCAAGUCGGUGCUGAAAUUCAUGGACGACGCUCCGGAGGGCAUUCUUUACAUUAGCUUUGGAGCAAAUUUGAAAACCGAUGAUUUACCAAAGGAGAAAUUUGACGCUUUAAUUCAGGCUGUCCGUGCAGUGCAAGGCCGUCUACGGGUUAUACUCAAAUUGGAAAGUUUCGAUCUGGAAGACCAACCACGCCACACUGUAAUCGCACCUUGGCUACCGCAACAGGAAAUUUUAGCCCAUCCCAAAUUGAAAGUAUUCAUAUCGACUGUUGGUCUAAUGAGCAUGAUCGAGUCAAUACACUAUGCUGCCCCGGUUCUCGGUGUUCCAAUCUUCCCCGAACAAGAGCUGAAUAUGAAGCGCUUGGAGCAGCUCGGAACAGGAGUGCGAGUGAAUUAUGAUAAUUUCACAAACGAUAGUCUAGUCGAAGCCAUUAAUGAACUUCUGGCGAAUCCAGAAUACAAAGAGAAUGCUAAACGUGCUUCAGCCCUAUUCAACGAUUCACUUACGUCGCCGAUUGACUUAGCUGUGCAUAACAUUGAAAUGGUUUUGCGAACGGGUGGUGCCCGACAUUUACGUUCUGCUGCCACAAAAUUGGGCUUUAUCCAAGCUGAAUUGAUUGAUGUUUCGUUAAUCAUUCUAUUGGGGAUUGUGAUGAUAAUUGCGGUGCCUUCAAUGAUAAUUUGUGUAAUUUUAAGACGAAAUAAUUGUAAGAGACAAGCACAAGCAAAUGAAGUAGUAAAAACUGCCACAAAAAAUGGCGUGGAUAUAAAGAAUAAGAAGAAAAAGCAACACUAGUCAAUAUCACGUAGAUAUUAAACAUUCACUGAUUUGGUUUUCGUGUAUUUGUUCCUUUGUUUACAUGGCAAUGUGAUGAUACAAAAAUUGUUAUUAAUUUUAAUGUUUUCAUACUGUUUUUUGUACUUAAAAUACAGAUAAGGUUGUUGUACGUGUUAA